GUUCAGUGCAGUUGACUACAAACAGCUCUGAUGGAGAAAUCAAGUAUGCUAAGUUGUACUGAAGACCCAGAAUCAGAGGACAACAAGUCCGACGUAAAAGCUAUCAUGGCUCGUUUCCAAGCAGGAAGUGUAUCUACGGAAGGGACUCCAGGUGUUCGUCCAAAACCACCUGUCCAGCCCACCUUGUCUUCAGGCCCAGCGGUGGCUACUAAGAAGCCUGUUCUUGAAAGUAGCUUAUCCAGUGGAGUAACUACUACCUCAAUUGCCCCUAAACCUAAGAGCACAGUCAACACAGCUAGAAGCGCUCCAGACAUGCACGAACCUCCGAAGUUAAAAGCUUUUGGGACUAGGUUUGAAAACACACAAGAGAACAACAAAGUCAACUUUAAAGUUCCUGUUAAACCCAAACCACCAGACUCGUCCCAGUACUCUGAGACUCCAAAGGUCCCAUUCCCAAAGGUGCCACUACAGAAGCCUCCUUCAAGCAUCAUGGCGAAUGAUUCAAAGGUAACAAGUCCAAAGCCAAUGGCCCCUAUGGCAAAACCACCCUGGGUCAAAGAUGCCCCGAAAGCUGAAGACAACAGCACUAGCCCUAAUCCCACUCCUCCGAAAAUGCCAUCAGCACCCAAACCGAAAAGCACCAUGGCUUUGCUACGCCAGCAGCCGGAGGAAAGCAGCAACGUGGAGUCUGUUGCAAAACCUUCCAUAGUAUCUCAUGUGAAACCAUCAAGUUUCCGUGUUAAAAACAGCUUCAUCAAACAAGAGGAAGGCGUUAAAGAAGGUGCUAAAGUACCAAGUGCUAAUGAGUCAGUCUCAAAGCCUGUAGCGCCUAAUAAACCCAUCAUCACAAGAAAAUCAUCUGGACCUCCUAUACAGACAGCCAACGAUGAUCCUUCGGCGCCCAAGAAGAAACCUUUACCCAAUACCUAUGCUUUGGGCAGCGCUCCUGCCAAACCCAACAGACCACCCAAAGUCAACCUUGAGAAGUUCAAGAAGGGCUCAGAGGCUACAACAGAGAGUCCAGGACCAAAGAAUGUAACUCCCCCUCCCCCACCCGCCUCUCACCCCAGUAGUCAGCCGCCUCCACCCCUGCCCUCUCAACCCUUAUGUCCCAACCUGCCCCCACGACAUCCAGGACCUAUAAUUCAAGAUGAACAUUAUGAUGAUGUGGAUAGCUUUAGAAUGGGCCAGAAAAACGAGGGAAGUGGAAGUGAUGGUGAUAUAUAUGAGGAUCUUGAUGAUAGUAGGUCUGCUGCAGAGCCAGGUCAACCUCAGAAAAAGCAAGAAAAAGAACUUAAAAAUCAGAAAGAACGGGAGAAAAAAGAGAAAGAUGCAAUUAAGAAGUUUAAAAUAACAACCCCCCUGCAGGUUAUUCAUCAGGUAAAAGCUAAAGCUGACUGUAAGGGUGGGAAACAUGACCUUUCCAUUAAGAAGGGCGAGUCAAUUGAUAUCAUUCGAAUCACUGAUAAUCCAGAGGGCAAAUGGUUGGGCCGGAGUCAAGAUGGAUCAUUUGGCUAUGUUAAAACGGAAAUGGUCGAGAUCGACUUCAGCGUCUUGAAGAAUAAAGGCCUGUCUCUUCCUCAUAGCUUGGAAAAUGAAGAGGUGUACGAUGACGUAGAAUCUAUGGAUGAACAAUUGAAUAUGAAUGGGCAGCGGGUUGUUCUACCUCCACCACCAGAUGAUGAUUUGUAUGAUGAUAUACCCGAUUCCAAUCUUAAUCCAAUCAGCACUGGAGAUCCCAGGUCUCUCUUAAAACCGCGCAACUUCUUGGACAUGCUCAAAAGCUCGGUUGACUGGAGAAAAAGCCAAGUCCACAAUAACGACAUUCCUCCCCCUCCACAAUUUACACCUGAAGGUAAUCAAGAUGCUUCCCAAGACAUAUAUGAUGAUGUUGAUUCAUUCCCUCCCGCUCCAUCACCUAGCAGCCUUCCUCAAAUGAUAUCUAAGGUGACCAAAGUGCAUGAGGACCCAAAAAAGCAAAAAAGGUUAGAGGAAAAAGAAAAGGAAUUUAGAAAAAAGUUUAAGUACGAUGGUGAGAUUCAGGUGCUUCAUCAAGCAACGAUUGCCACCAGUAAGAAGGGAAGUGGGAAAGACCUGACUGUACAAGCUGGGGAGACUGUGGAUGUCAUCAGCAAAUCUGACCCUGACAAAUUCAUCUGUAGGAACAAGGAGGGCAAAUUUGGAUAUGUCUCAGCCAGCAACAUCCAAACAGAUGAUGAGGUCUAUGAUGACAUUGGAGAUGACUGCAUCUAUGACAACGACUGAAGACCUCACACCAUCAUCAUCUCAUCUUCUGGUGCAGCUUAUUGUUUCUGGCGCUGAUUAUCUUCUUGGUUGUUGAUGUUGAGUAUAUUUAUUGUAUAGACACAUGUAGUAUUAGGUUGAAAUAAACAGCCUAGUGCCAUCAUGAUAUCAUACUUACCUUGCCUCAGUAAAAAUAAAUGGCUUCUUGCCCAUUGGCCUCAAAAUAUAGGUUUUCAAAGACUUUCACUUUCUUUUUCCUAUCAUGUGUUUGAUAAAUCAAGCUGAAACUAAUUCUAAGACUCAUUUUUGUUCCUGAGUGAAAGGCAGUAUUUUGUAACCAGUCUUAAUUUUCUCAUUUACCUGUGUUUCUGUAAAUAUUACACUGCAAAAGACUGAACCGUUUUCAUCACUUGCUAAUAAAUGUACACAUUUGCACCCAUUUUAAAUUCAGCGUGUUAAUUACGUCGAUUGAACAAUGUUUACAU